CAUCCAUGAGAACCCCGGAAACCAUGAGAAGUGUUUAUCUGCCGGCCAUUGCAGAGUGACGGCCGCUUUCCUGAAGGUGAUCACCUCAAACUGGUGUCCGUGGGGGUUUUCGAAAAGCUGGACGUUAACCCUUCGGCUCCCGAUCGAGGUGUCAUUGCGGCUGGAGAGAGCCAGCCGGCUCUGAACAAUGUGGAUGUCCGUCCCGACCGCCAGCUCGUGUCCGCACGCCCUGCACAGUAUCAGGGCGGCGGCGGGGCUUUGGCUGCUCGUCCCCCCUUCCUCCUCUCCGGCAGCAGCACACGCCUCACCCGGCUGGUUUGCAGCAGGAUAAACCAGAAGUAAUAAGGAAAUAUACUGCACUAUUAUAAAUAUCUCCUGCAUCAUUCCUGCCCCCCAUGCACAUGGAAGGCUAAUCACAAACUAGCUUAGCUUAAACUCCCUAGCUAGUGUCGUGUGUUUUCUAGCUGAAGUGGUCUAACAUCGAAGUCGCUUCCUUAUCGUAUACUAGUCGAAGGUGCAGCAGAUUCAUCAUAGACGUAUUUUAACUACGACAAAAAGUCCCACUUUCAGUGUACAUAUAUUUCUACGUCAUAAUUAAUUGAUGUAAGACGAGAAUACUUUGCUAGCUUUACAAGCUAAUUUAUGGGCGGAAGUGCCGUCAUCUCAACAAUUUCCUUCUGUACAGCAUCACCUAUUUUAUACAGUAAACAACACAAAUAAAGGAAAUAGUCAUUUGUUUUACGGUAUCAUAAUUAUUAAAAGCUUUGGACUGUGUGAGACCUAUGCAACUUUAUCUAUCGAAUUAUCAGCAAGAGUAAAUUAGUUCACACAUCCAUACACCCAGUGUGUUAUCCAUGGUGUUAACACGUGGAUUUAGUGACGUGAUACGUUUAUCAAUUAACCCAAAAUGCUGUUAGUAUUAUCGGUAUACUGUAUGAAAGUAUUUAGUCUAGAGAUACAUUUAUGUUUAAUGUUUAUUGAAUAAUAUUACUGAAGCACUACUGUUUGUGUUGCAUUUCACUGCAGUAGAUUUUAAUGUUCUACCAUAGUUUAGGAACACAUAAUAAAACAUAUUAAUGGCUUUUAUUUACUGUUCUAUGCACUUUAAUGUUGCUGCUAGUAAAACUAGAAUCUCAUUUUAAUUCAUUAACACAGUUUAGGAGUUUAACCUAAAAAAAACACAUCAUCUAAUCUUAAUCUUUAAAUUAAAAUAAAGUGGAAAUACUUAAUCUACCUUUAAUUUGCACAUAGCAUUUGGUUUAAAUUCCACCCGUUACUUUCUGUUGUUACCACGGACAACGUUUACGUAAACUCGCCUCCACCAAUCACAGACGACGAUACUGAAAGUGAGCCAAUCACAGAUUUCGUUUGUAAAUCCAAACAACCGCAGCAGACAGGAGACAAACGUCGAGAUUUAUGCUGGAAGCAUGUAGCUGCUUAGCACGGUAGCAUUAAAGUACCCUUAAGGCUUUCAAAUGACAGUUUGUUUGUGUUUCUGUUGAAAGAAUGUUUUAACAUCCUAAAAGAAUGAAAACACGGGAUUCACCACCACCGCCGCCGGUUCACGUACAUGUACCGGAGACCACACCUGUACAUGUUCAUAUGAGGAGGAGUCCCUGCAAGACACAGAUUAGAGCAAAAGAUGCCCAGGUGAGGGGAGAUGGCGGAAGGCCAAAGGUCCGUACUCCGUGGAUUCCUCCAGGAAUCCUGCCCUGCAGAAGAGAAGUGGGCUCCCCUAAGUGCCAGAGAAGCAGUAGAGUAGAACAUCGAUCGGAAAGUGGAAUCGGACAUCAGUGUGAGGAAGAGGAGCAGCACGAAGAACUCGCCGGAAUAUCCAAAAACCUCACUGUCCUCCUCAGAGAGCAAGAGAGCAUUCGUCAUUUAAAGAAGUCUGAUUCUAGAAGUCAGCACCGAGAGACUGACGUGCUCCUGAGGGCGCUUGUAGAGGCAGAAAUCGACGGUGUAGCAGUAGGUAAUCAGCUGACAGCCUUGAAGGAAACUAUCGAUAGUCUUACUAAGGACAAGAGGCUGUCAAAUUUGAACGCAGCUUCACUGGCACGGCAGCAGGACUUGUUGCUUGAAAAGAUCGAGAUGUUUGACAACACGAAUCACAGCCUACGAGAGCUCCUCAGAGACUGGAGUGAAUAUGAGAGAGAAUCGUUGGAGUGGAUACAAAAGAAAGAUGUAAAGAAGAGAUUGACUGUCAGUGAGGCAGAGAACAUUCGACUUUUGACCAAACUCACCAACAAGGAGAAUGAGGCUUCUAAGCUCGAAAAGCAUUUAGACUUCGAAAAGGAAAACGUGAAGCAGACGGAGGAACUUUCAAGAAUCCUACGGUCAACCCACGGCCAUCUGGAAUCAGAGCUGAGCAGAGCAGAAGCUGAAAAGGUCCAUCUUGCUGCUCAGAUUCAGAGGAUGCAACAGAGCCAGGAGCAGCAGCAGGAGCAGCUGCACACUCUGCAGGAGGAGCUGCAGACCCUGAGACAGCUGAGAGAUAAGGAAAAGGAGGUGCAGGAGGAGCUGACCCUGCUGACCCAGAAGGCCGAGAGAGCAAAGGAGUCCACCAGGCAGCUCGCAGAAAAACUGCAGGAGAAGGAAUCCCAGUUGGCUCAAGCUCUGUCCACAUCCAGUGACUGGUGCCUCCGCCACUCUAAAGAGGCAGCUGCUAAAGCCCAGCUGGAAGAGGAGGUUUCUGCUCUCAAAUUUCAGGUGACGGAGCUGAGCUCUCAGCGUCACGCAGCGGAGGAGAGGAGUCAGGCGGAGAGGGAGGAGCUCAGGGAGCAGCUUCAUCAUCUCAGCGCUGAAAACACCUCCAUCAAUCUGGAAAACCAAAGACUCAAGGGUCACUUGACAUCCGCUGAGGAGAAGCUCGGAACUCUGCAGUCUGAAGCCCGUCGGAUGAAGACGUCAAUUAAAAAGCAGGAACAACUGGGGGAGAAAUACAAGAAGAAGGUCCAGCAGGCUCGUCUGGAGUCGGAGGAGUACUGCCUGAAGCUGGAGAUGACACAGAAGGAGGCGCGGGAGGUUAAGCUGAGCCUGGAGAGGGAGACGGAGCAGGUGAGGAGGGAGCUGCUAGGUCGGCUCCGAGAGAUGGAGGCGCUGCCCGACAGAUUGCGCAGGGCGGAGCAGCAGCUCAGAGACGCCAAGCAGGAUGCCGACGACCACCAGCGGAGGAACGUGGAACACAACUCCGCCCUCUCUGAAGUCAGACACAAGGUGGAACAGCAAGGCAGUCAACUGGAGACGUUGCAGCAGAGGAACCUGCUGCUGCAGGAAGAGAACAACGUCCUCAAAGAAAAGAUUCACAACUUGGAGAGGAGGCUGGAAGACUUGACAGUAGAAAACCAAGAGAUGUCUCAGACUCUGCCAUCAAAGGAGGCCAGUCUUCGCAGUGUUCAGGAGCAGCUGGAGGAGAAGAGCCACGAGUGCAGCUUCCUGUCUCGACAGCUGCAGCAAACUCUGGACGACGCACAGAGACAGGUGGACAACAGCAUGCAGAGGGUUUUGGUCAAAGAGAGAGCGUCUCAGUCUAAAGCUUUGGACCUGCAGAGCCAGCUUAGCAGAGCUAAAACAGAGCAGAGUCAGCUACAGCGAAGCAAGGAGGAGAUGGAGCGUCGUUUCCAGAGUCAGCUGCAGAAUAUGAAAGACAGACUGGGGCAGUCAGACUCUACAAACCGCAGUCUACAGAACUAUGUACAUUUUCUCAAAACCUCAUAUGGAAAUGUGUUCGGUGACUCUUUACUUGCAAGCUGACAGCAUAAACCUGACCAGCGUUCAUCCAUUCCCAAAGCAUUGCAGUACAUCUAAGUUACAUUCUGCUACUUUUUUUUUUAUCACUGAAAUAAAUAAAAGGUUUUUAAACUAAA